AUCUUAAAGCAAGUGGGGCCUAAUUAAAAUGAUCCCUCAAAAAAGCAAAAAUAAAACAAAUAAUGCAGUGAAUCUGAAUAACAUGCCCAAAUUGCACUUGCCCUCUCUUCUUGCUAUACACAGAAAAACACAACAAAACAAAACAAAAUAAAAUAAAUCCGUUGACUUAUUGACUCUUUCAGACAGCUCCCAACUUCCCCAUCGUGCAAUUUCUCUGAGUCUUAACUCCUAAGAAACUUUUCUCAAACUCCAAAUCACAACACAAACAAAUUAUCUCAAAAAAAGAGAAAAAAGGAAAAGAAAUAACAAUUAGAAGUAAAAAGAUGGGCGAAGAUGAAAAGAAGAAAGGAGCAGCAAGUGAUCAUCAGCAGUAUCCGCAUCCACCUGAGUAUGGAACGUUCCAAGGCGUAGCCAACUAUCCGCCGCCGCCACCGCCGCAUCAGCCACCGCCGACAGGAUUCCCUCAGCCGGUUCCGCCGCCUGGAGCUGCCGACCCUCCUGCUCCUCAUCCUCAGUACUACACUCAGGGAUAUCAAACUGUUCAAGGCUAUGCAGUUGCUGAAGGAAGACCAGUAAGAGAGCGCCGCCUUCCUUGCUGUGGCAUUGGCUGUGGCUGGUUCCUGUUUAUUAUUGGUUUCUUCCUUGCUACCGUCCCCUGGUAUAUCGGUGCACUUAUCAUGCUAUGUGCCAGGAUAGACCACCGAGAGAAACCAGGAUAUAUUGCUUGUGCAGUUGGUGUGAGUAACGCUUAUUUCCUUUCAUUUAGAUUUUUGGAAGGAUCUGUUUACACGUUAUGCUGUUCUUGCUACAAUUGCUAUCAUCCUCGGUGCAACAAAGGGAGGUAAUGCCUGGUAAUCUCAGAGGGAGGAAUUGUAUAGCUUGCAAGAUUGAUACAUACACUAGUCCAGAUUCUUGAAAGGCUGUAUAUGGAUGUCAAUCUGCUUAUAAGUUAUAUUAUACUGUUUGAACUUGUGAAAGUCAGUAUGAUAUCUUUGAUGGUUUAUAUUUGAUGAUGCUAUCUAUUUGUCAGUGAUCCAAAGCUCCAAGUGUGAACAAUAAUAAUCGAAAUUUGUUUGGUGUAAAAUUUGGAGGCCAGAGAUGUUACCUCAUUAAGUUUCCCUCCGAUCC